GUUUUCUUUUUUUGGUGUUCGGCUGUUACUGUACUGAGAUUUCUAAUUGAACUGCCACAACAGUUGUUGUCAGAAACUGGAGCAAACCUAUGUUACGGCACACCUUUACUUACAGUAAAUGUCGAAUUUCAAGGAAACGUUUACGAUAUUGUGGAAGAACAUUCUAAACGCAUCAUGCAUUCAACGAGCAUGUUCACAAAUCCGUACGCCACACAAGUCCUGAGGACCAAAAAGAAUGAACUUGUUGAAGGCAUAAACAACCCCGAUCACCUUUUGAGCUGGCUGAUAGAAAACGGGAUUUUGACGCCGGACAAAAGAAUGGUCUUGUCUUACUACAGGACUCGAACAGCAAAGAAUUCCCGGGUUUUGGAUAUCUUGGCUUCCCAAGGUGAGCGAGCUUGUAGGCUCUUUUUUUAUCCCUGUCUGAAAGAGAUCGAGCCACACUUGUACAGCAGUAUGAGGAACUAUGUGAGUGACAUCAACGGGAAAAUUGGGGAUGCCAGAAGGCAAUUAAUAGGCUACCUGCUUGAGAAAGACAAAGAAUGGGUUGAAAAGGGCAAGGAGACUCGCCAAGUGAAAAAAGAUAGUCCUAGACAGAUUUUGGUUAGACCAGAAAAGCUAACUGGGGUCAAACAUAAAGAAAAACAAAUUUCAGCAGCAGGGAAAUCUGCAGGCAAUGAUUUUAAUCCUCUUAGUAUCUUUGAUUCUGUGGCUAAAGGUGCUCUUUCUGAUCUGGAAAGAUAUUUAAAGGAGAGUGAUGUUAAUGCAGUGAAUUCUGCACAUGAAACCCUGCUCCACAUUGCAGCAGCUCACGGUCAUGCCAAAAUUGCCAACUAUUUAAUCAGCAAAGGUGCCAAGCUGGAAGUAAAAGACAAAACAGGGAAAACUCCAUUGCAUGUGGCUGCCGAGAGAGGUCAUGAUGAAGCUGUGAAAACAUUGCUCCAAGCUGGUGCCAACAUAUACAGCUUGGAUCAAGAAGGCAAUACUCCACUCCAUUUGACCUGGCAGAACCACCAUACAGAUGUCCUGAAGACCAUCCUAGAAGAAGAGAGAAGACGACACAGGAACCAGCACAACUUCCUGCACAUGGGUGCCCUCAGAGAUGACAGCAGCCUCAUACAAACACUUCUAAAGAAUGGUGUGUUCGUGGAUGCUAAGGAUGAAAAGGGGCAGACUGCUUUGGGCUAUGCAGUGUCUCAAGGAUUUGAGACGACUAUCAAGGUAUUGCUGGAAGCUGGAGCCAAUAUAGAUUCCAAUAUACUUGAUUUAGCCUUUACUAGCAACAAUCAAUCAGUUUUUGGGUUACUGUUGGAAUACUCCAAAGGACUUUCACCUAAUACUAUGGUGUCAACUCUCUUUAAAGCCAUACAGAAAGAUCUGCAUGGCAUUGUAGCUGCCUUAAUUCAAAGAGGUGCAGAUGUAAAUGCUCUCAAUGAAAUGCAGUACACGCCAUUGCUUGCGGCAUGUGAAAUGGGGAAAACGGAGUCAGCCAAAGUUCUAAUGGAAAAGGGAGCCAACUUGAAGGAUAGGACCCCCAACUCAAGCAGUGCUUUACAUCUGGCAGUCGAAGCUGGAGCCACAUCCAUCGUCAAGAUGCUCCUGCACAAUGGGAUGGAUCCUAACAUCACAGGUCCAGAAGAUCAAAGCCCCCUCCAUGUUGCUGCACUUCACAAUAAGGGGGCGUUAAUUGAACUAUUAAUUGAGAGAGGAGCUAAAAUUGAUUCAGUCACCAAAGAGUUACUCACUCCAUUGCACAUCGCAAGUUAUCAAGGCUAUGCUGAUGUUGCUCAAAAGCUGCUAGAACAUAAGGCCAAUGUCAAUCUUAAGGACAAACAGUCAAAGACACCUCUUCAUCUUGCUGCUGAAACAGGAAAUCCUGCUAUGGUGGAGCUGCUUCUUAAUUCCAGUGCUGAUCCCAAUGCAACAGAUAAAGCGAAAAAGAUUCCUCUUCACCUUGCGACAAUAGGAGGCCACCUUCACACAGUGAAAACACUUUUAGCUGGAAAGUCUAGGUCUGGAGCCAAAGACAUGGAUGGUUGCACCCCAGUGCACUAUGCAGCCAUUGGUGGGCAUCUGGAGAUACUGAAAGCUCUUUUGGUCACUGGGAACAAUAAAAAUAUCAGUGACAGAAAUAUUUGGAGGAAGACACCACUGCAUCUUGCAGCAGAACAUGGGCAUGGCGAUUUAUUAAAUUACCUGUUGAGCAAUGGUGCAGCUAUCAAUGCCUUGGACAACAAUAAAGACACCCCAUUGCAUUGUGCUUGCAAAGCUGGCCAUUUUAACUGCGUAAGCAUACUGGUAAACUGGUCUGCAGGAGAAAAAGCAAAUCUACAGGCCACCAAUAGCUUGAAGAAGACUCCGCUUCAAACAGCAGAAUCUAGCUCAAGUGCUGGUCAAGCUCAAAUCGUUACUCUUUUGAAAAAGAAAAUGUUAUUGAUCAAAUAAAUGGACAAAGACGGAACUAAGUACUGUAAUAAGGCCACCUACUUCCUACUUUAGCCUAAUGCUGGCCACUACUCCAUCGCCAAAAAGGAGGACAAGGAAGACAAGGAGCACCAGAAAAGAGGACGUAUCUGCCUUAAGUUAGCACAUACUAAUUUUAAACAAAU